AUGCCGCCUCCAGCGCGAGCAACGGUGGAGUCCAUCGACGACGAGGACGAUCCAUACGCACCAUAUCGGCCUGGGCAAGGUAAUUCUCGCGCCUCUUCCAGCUCCUCCUCGAGUGGAUCUAGCAGCGCUUCCUCCUCCUCGUCCACCGCUUCCUCUUCAGCAUCCUCGAUCUCGUCGACCAACCGCGCGCAACCCAGCGCAACCGCAGCAUACGACGCCUCCCCCUCCUCGGGCACGCAAGGCACGUUCCCGGCAUCAGGCGGGGAUGAAGAGCCCCUGUUCGGGGGUCGACCCUUCCGCGACGCCCAUUCGACCUCUUCGAGCAGCAGUACGGACAAAGAGCACCUCUAUGCCAUCCUCAACGUCCCCCUCACCGCCACGCCGGACGCGAUCAAAGACGCCUACCGAUCGCUCGCGAUAGCUUUUCAUCCGGACAAACACUCUGACCCAACCCGCAAGCGUGCUGCGGAAUCGCGGUUUCGCGAUGUACAGAGAGCAUACGAGAUUCUGAGCGAUCCAGAGAAGAGAGCGGUGUACGACCAUUUCGGCGAAGAAGGAUUGAAGUCGACAUGGACGGUCACCAGACGGGGUCGAGGGGUCGGGGAGAUGCGCGAGGAGAUGGAGCGCGAACGUCGACGAAGGGAGGUGGUCGAUGCGGAAGGUUUGGUCAAGAGCAAAGGCGAUUUCACGGCGCAUGUGGAUGCCAGUGCGCUCUUUGCGCCGAGUGCGCGGGUGGCGCUGUCGCCAGCGAGACAAGGUGCACCAGGCAACCUGAAGCACACCGUGUCGUUCGCCGACCGGAUCAGCAGGGUGGGCUGCACCCAGCUCAUCGGCAAGCACGGGUUCGAAACGCAACUCACAACGAGGUCAUCCGCGACACUCUCCGGUCAGAUGGUCAGCCGUAAUGGCUUGGGAGGCGGGAAUCUUGUCGGCACGGUCAAGACGCAUUGGUCACCGAGGUUGUUCAGCGAGGUGACGCUGAGCUUUCUGCGCCCGCAAAUUGUGACGACCAAGGGACAGUUUACUGUCGAUGCGAACAGCUUUUUCUCUUGGCAAGGGACGAUGCAGACGUGGAGGAUGCCGCCGAGUCUCAAUCUCACGUACGGUCAACGGCUGUCGGCGAAAUCCAGCCUGACUGGGUUCACGAGUGUGCGGAGCGGCACGUAUAGCCUCGGACCGUGGGGUAGGGAGGUGGGGGGGAUGCUGCGACGCGAGCCGGCAGCGGUGAGCGUGGGGUUGACCAAGCAGUCCGGCGAAGGACGCGGGUGGACAACACAACUGAGCGUCUCACCAGUAGACCAGGCCGUCUCGUACGACUACGCCACCGUCCUAGCGGGUGUCAAGGUCAGGUCGGGGUUCAACAUGGGUACCGGCUCCGGGGUGAGCGCGUUCACGUCUGCCGAGCGCAGGGUGACCGAGAACGUACGGCUCUCGGUCGGGCUCACCUGCGCCCUCCCUGCAGGGGGCGUCACGUUGAGGUUGAAAGUCAACAGGCUGGGACAGAAGAUUUUGCUGCCGAUUCUGUUGUCCAAGGAGUUCCGACCGGAUCUCGUGCUCGCCUUCACCGCCAUCCCCGUCGUCGCAUACGGCACGUUGCAUUAUGGCUACCUCGAACCGCGCAAGCAGGGUCGGUUGAAGAAUCGACUCGCCGAGCUGCGCGGUGCUAACGCCGACGUGAUCCGCGAGAGAAGGGAGGCGGCAUGCGAAGCGGUCGAGGUGUUGAGGGAGCAAGCGUGGAAGCGAGCGCGUCAGGAGUUGGGCAGUUCGGGACUGGUGAUGGUCGAAGCGUGGUACGGGCGCAAGAGCGAUUUCCCCAACUCGCCCUUCAGCGCAACAUCAAGGGUCGAUCUCGAAGAACAAGCACAGCGCGUUUGGACAGGUCUCAAAAACGCUCCUCCAUCAACGCAGCAGGUGGAUCUGGAAAAGGAAACCGCGUGGGACGCCAGGAUUGCGCUACAGGCCCUCAUCUCCAAGGGUCAAUUGAUCAUCCCGGGUGGAAGGAGCAAGGCCAACCUGCUGGGCUUCCACGACCCGGUCAUGGGCGAGAAGAAGCAUUUGCUGGUGGUGUACGUUUUCCGCGGUCAGCUGCAUAGGGUGGUUGUGGAGGAUUGGGAUGAAGUGGCGCUGCCGAUGCGCAUUCAUCAGGUGUGA